UGCUGGGAGAUUUUUAUGACAAAGAGCACUUUACUGAUGAAGCCGAUAUAUUUUUCACCGAUGAAGUUUACAAACAAGCAAAGGAUUUUCUUGCUCAUUUCUUUGCAGCAGAGGCUUCCCCAGUUGCAAAAGCAGCUGACAGCUCUUUCAAGAGCCGCCUGGAGGAGAUGCAGGACUUCUUUAGAUUAAAAGUCACUGGGAAACUGGACAGCAAGACUCUAGAGGUGAUGCAGAAACCCAGGUGUGGGGUUUCGGAUAUUAGUCGAUAUGGGCACUUUCAUGGAAGACCGAAAUGGGAACAGAAAACUGUCACAUACAGGAUCACACAGUACACUUCAGAUCUCAAGCCAAGCGAGGUGGAUGCUGCCAUUGCCCAGGCUUUUAAACUGUACAGCGAUGUGAUCCCGCUGACAUUCACUCAGAUCUCCAGCGGCACAGCAGACAUCAUGAUCCUCUUCAAGGGAGGGGCCCACGGUGACUUCUAUCCCUUUGAUGGUCCACAUGGGGUUCUGGCUCAUGCCAAUUCACCAGGUCAGGGCGAGGGAGGGGACACUCACUUCGAUGAAGACGAAACCUGGACCUUGAGCGCAAGAGGAAUAAACUUGCUGCUUGUGGCAGCACAUGAAUUUGGCCAUGCCCUUGGGCUGGACCACUCAAGGGAUCCGACCGCUUUGAUGUAUCCCACAUACAAGUAUGUGGACACGAAAGGGUACCGACUGCCAGACGAUGACAGGAGGGGUGUCCAAGCCUUAUAUGGUGCCCGGACCCCCAGCCCCAAACCCAACCCCAACCCCAGCCCCAAACCCAGACCCAAACCCAACCCAAACCCAACCCCAACCCCAAACCCAAACCCAAACCCCAAACCAGAGCAAUGCAGCAGAGACCUGGUGUUCGAUGCUGCCACAAGCAUGAGGAGAGAGCUCUAUUUCUUCAAAGAUGGGUACUUUUGGAAGAAAAGCACUCUUUUCAAUGAGAUCCAGUUAACAGCCAUAAAAACUGUGUGGCCACAGAUAAGUUCAGUCGAUGCUGCGUAUGAAGUCCCAGAGAAGGAUGUCGCUUUCAUCAUCAAAGGGAACCAGUACUGGGCUACCAGAGGUUACACGGCUAUGCCUGGCUAUCCCAAACACAUUUCAGAGUUUGGAUUUCCUCAGACUGUCACAAAAAUAGAUGCUGCUGUGUAUGUAAAACAUACUAAAAAAACACUCUUCUUCAUCGAACACAAGUACUGGAGCUACGAUGAAUCCAGAGGUAGAAUGGACCCAGGAUAUCCCAGACAAAUAUAUCAGGACUUCCCAGGGAUUGGUAACAAGGUGGAUGCAGCGUUUGAGAAUUAUGGUUACCUGUAUUUCUCAAGUGGUGCUAGACAGAGUGAAUAUGACUACAGCAGAAGAAGAAUCGUUCGUGUUUUGUUAAACUAUGGCUGGUUGAAUUGCUACUAAGAACCUAAAGCCAUUACUGGUGCUGCCAAUGUUGAAGUCUAAAUGCUACAAGGACAACAACAAGCUCUAUUUGCCUUGGCCAGUGGACUGUUCUACUGGUGUUUUUUUCUGUUGUUUGAAAAUCGUUCCUUUUAUCUAAUGCAUCGUAGCAGCUUCAGCUCAACCCCUAUUCUGUUUGGUUACAUUUUGCAUAUGCGAAGCUGUGUUUAUGUAAUGGAUGAUUGUGUUAAUCUUUCUGGGAAUUGGUUAUAGCCACAUGUGAAACAGAUGCAUGUGCAUGCAUUGACAUUACUGUAUUUUAACAAAAGAAAUAUAUCUAUGUAUACAAGAACAAACAAUGAACACAGAGUGCACAAUGUAUAUAUCCUGCAUAAAUUAAGAUAUCUAUCUGAAACUGUGAUGUAUAUUUUAUUUCCUCAAUAAAAUAAAAUGCAAA